UUUUGAAGUGUCAAAUGUGAGUGUGUUUACAUUUACCGAUGAAAUUUGGAAAUAUUUUCUCCGGAAGAAGAUGUGCGUAUCGGCUUAUUUGAUUUAAAAUAGUAUUAUGAUUUAAAAUGGGUGACACGAAAAUUGUGAUCCAGUUUGCGAUAAUUUCGCGUAUUUUAAUCGUUUUACUUCAGUUGGUUUCAAAUUAUCUCAUUCCCGAUCAUGAUGCGAACGUAUUCAUUUCACCGAAAUCACCAACAUUAAAUGGAUCAGCGUGCCAUUCACUAGUCGAAAAAUGUUUCAGUGGUUUUCGACGCUGGGAUGGUGAAUAUUUUCUGCAUGUCGCCGAACAUGGAUACACCUACGAAAAUAUGCUUGUUUUUUAUCCACUUUUUCCAUUUUGUGUGCGAUACAUUACGAAUUUGGGACAAACAAUAAUCGGCACCAAUUGUGAAUUUCGCGAUUUAGCUCUGAUUAUUGCCAUUGCAUUGAACACAGUAUUUUUUACAAAAGCCGCUCUCGUUCUAUAUCAACUCACCAUGGAAAUAUUUAAUGAUCGAAGUAUGGCCCGAAUCGUAACGACAUUAUUUUGUUUCAAUCCAGCGUCGAUUUUCUUCACUGCGCCAUACUCUGAGAGUCUUUUUUGUUGGUUAAGUUUCAGUGUUAUGUUAUACUGUGCGAGAGGUCGAAUUGGAGCUGCUGUUCUACCACUGGCCACUGGCAUAUGCUGUCGAUCCAAUGGUCUUUUGAAUUUCGGUUUCAUUUUAUACUAUGUAACGCGUGACAUUUGGACGAAUGGCAAAACAAAUUGGAUGCAUUUCUUCAAAAGUUUUCUCAAAGUUUUAUUGUGCGCGAUUGUUGCUGGGGCAGCUUUUGGCGUUGUGCAAGCCUAUUUUUAUUCACUUUACUGUGAAAAUGAUACAUUUGAAAUGAGCGAAGCGGUAAAAAAUUAUGGAAUUGUUAAAAAAUACCUUUUGGCCGGCGAACGGAAGGCCGAUUGGUGUUCAUAUCCAUUACCAUUUUCAUAUUCUUAUUUGCAAAGUCACUAUUGGAACGUUGGCUUUAUGAAAUAUUAUGAGUUCAAGCAAAUUCCAAAUUUUGUACUUGCAUCGCCCAUUUUGAUCAUGAUCAUUUACCAUUCGAUUCAAUUUAUAAUGGCCAAUCCAACCAUUGCACUACGACUUGGAUUGUUACAGCCAAAGAGUAACGUACAAAUUGUAAAAUUCAAUCUAUUUGUUUACACCGUUCACGCAUUUGCCUUGAGCAUUUUCUGUUUGUUCUUCGUUCAUAUUCAAGUGUCAACACGAAUGCUUGCCUCAUCAACGCCGUACAUUUAUUGGCUUUGUGCACAAUAUUUCCAACGGGAAAUGCAACGAAACUCAUGGAAAGCAUUUCUUCAGCCACGCUCACGCAUUACCAAAUUUAUAAAAGGAUGGUUCCUUGGAUAUUUUGUCAUUGGAACUGUGUUAUUUUGUAACUUUUUACCAUGGACAUAGACUCUGUUUUAAGAAACCAAAGAUGUAUCAAAUUGUUUUGUUGAAUAAAUUAAACUUAUGUCAUAUUUUAAUGUCAA